AUUAAUGUCAAGAAGUAAUGAUGAAGAUUAUGAUUACUUAUUUAAAAUAGUUUUGAUAGGUAAUUAAAAUGAUUAAUACUUAUAGGUGAUUCUGGAGUAGGGAAAACAAAUAUUCUAAAGAGAUUUAUAAAUAAUGAAUUCCAACUAGAAUCGAAACCAACGAUUGGAGUUGAAUUCGCAACAAAGACAAUUCAGUCAUCAGGAAAAGCUGUAAAAUGUUAGAUUUGGGAUACUGCAGGAUAAGAGAGGUAUGAAAUAAUAUAAAAUAAUAUUAUUAUAGAUAUAGAGCCAUUACACAUGCAUAUUAUAGAGGAGCUGUCGGAGCAUUUAUAUGUUAUGAUGUAACAAGAGAAGCAACAUUUAAAAACACAGAAAAAUGGUUAACAGAGUUAAAGGAUCAUGCAGAUGGAAACAUAGUGAUUAUAAUGAUUGGAAAUAAAAUAGAUGCAGUUGAUUAAAGAGUACAUUUGUAUGUUAUUUAGAUUGUACGAACUGAUGAAGCAUCAAACUAUUGUGAAUAAUAAUAAAUAGGAUUUAUUGAAACUUCAGCAUUGGAUGGAACUAACAUAGAUGUAGCAUUCAAUAAGAUUGUAGCAAGUAUUUUCAAAUAUACAUUAAGAUAUUUUUAACACUAUUGGUUCUAAAAGCGUUAAAAAAGUUAUUUAAGUUGAAUCAGAACAUGUAGUUUUAACAGAACCUAAGACCACGUAAACUAAAUCUAAAAAGAAUAGCGAAGGAUGUUGUUGAGUAUAUUUCAUUAUAUGUUCUUGAUUAUUUAUUUUUAAUACUCAC